AUGAAUCUUAGAAUGACUGGCUGUUCAUUGUUUAUUUUUUCCCCCAACUUAACCAAAAUGUUUCAUUUAAAUUUCUCGUAAAUUGGUCUAAAUUAUUAUCAUGUCAAAAUUAGAGAUCUCAAUGCUAUCAGAGAUAUAGCAGAUAACCUCAAAACAUGGUUUAAAAUUAAGGUGUGAAAAUAAAAGUGAGAACGAUUUCACUUCGACCAUGAAAGCUGAAAGGAUCUUUCAGAUUGGUGACACUAAACAUUUGAGGAUUUCAAGUGCUUGUGAGUUACAGAAGUCAAAUUUCAGUGAGAAAUUUGACCAAAAUGCUACUAAGAAUGGCAGGGGAGAUAGUGCACAGAUCAUUCCUGCAAAGGAAUCGGGAACUGUUCGGCACAAGGAGAGGAGAAGGAAGGAAAGCUUCAGGAGAGGGGAGAGGAGGGAUGAUGCUAGUGUGAAAGUGGUUCCUCUUCAUAUCAAUGAUGUGAUAGAUGCCUUGAAAUACUGUCAGAGAGGCUCUUUGACUGCUGUUAAGCAGAAUUACAGCAGGCGGAAACUAGGGAAGUUCAGUGUAGAAAAAAUUUCUGGGAAGCACAGGAGAUUUCAAAACCAAGAAGAAAUGUCAGAAAUUGAUGGUCAAUUCAACAGGGAUGCCGAGAGCUUGGUCAGUGAUUUUGUCGAAGAACUGAACAUUAGAUACAUUAAAAAAUGUGAAUCUGAAGUAACGAAAGGCAAAAUUAAGUGUAGGAAAACAUUAGGACGCCAACAGCCAAAAAAGUGGCCGAGGUAUAAAGAAAAAAAAUUAUGCGAGAGAAAUACUAGGGUAAAAAAAAUAACUUCAUAUCAGGGCAGUAAUGACGUAAGUUCACUGACUAUGCUUUCUUAUAUGCCCUUCAACCAAAAUGCCAGCUCAAGAGUGGGGAAAUAUUCUCGCAGAAAAAUUAGGAAUAAACACUCAAAAAUGGGAUCAACAUACAGGGUGGGAGAUGUCGAGACUUCAUCAGAUGUUACCUCCAGGAGGAGAAGAAGGAGGAUUCAAAGCAAAUCCUACAAUGUUUACAAAGAAAAUGACACUUGCGACCAUUUGAAACUGAAUAAUCAUGCACGAGGGAUCUACCGUUCCAAGUCACAGGAAAGCACGUACAAAGUGAGACAUCCACGACAAAAAAGACUGCAGAAAAACCGACUUAAAACUCAUCAUAGAGAUCCAAAACUUCGUAGCAGGAGGUCGCAACUUUCUGUGCCAACUUCAGAGCAAGAAGAUUUAGACUCUUGUGAGCCCAUAGGAAACAGACGACAUAGCAAUCAACAAGAAAGACUGGAAAAAGAGAGUGCUGUAAGAGGUACAUUGGAAGAAAACACAAUAUCUGAUUGGAAUAGAGAAGCUACGGCUAAAGCUGAGAUUUUCGAAAGAUUAUCUGGUCGAGAUAGGAAAAACUUCAAUAACAGCGUAGCAAAUUUAUCUGGGAGAGAUUCCAAAGAAGAUACGAUACCAUUAUAUAACCCAUUUCUCAAUUCAUCCUUUAACUAUGCUCGAGGGGGUAGUCAAGACACUCCCACUCAAAAUAAUUAUGAGAAAAGUAUUCUAGGUCAGUCAAACAGCAGAAAAGAAGAUAGGGAUUUGAGUGAUACUGGCUGCUUGGCGAGAGCGAGAAUGGACGAAAUCAACUCAAACAUGACAAAUCAAUUCAAAUUUGAAGUGAAUCUCGAGAAAAACUUCCAGAUGAAUGGGCAAGUGUCACUCCCAAGGGAUUCUGAUACGAGUUUAAUCCAGCAAAAUUCAAAAAUCGAUGUCAAAAUUGAAACAAGCCAGAUAAAAAUACAAAAAGGACCUGGGAUUUCUCACAUUUGGAAUGGAGGAGAUUCUGAAAAAACUAGCGGCCCAGUAGACAGCUCUGUCAGCAAGAUUCCAUCCGAUACAUUCAACAAGAGAUACAGGAAGAACAGACUUAAUGGGAACUUUGGCAUCCUCAGCAGAAUCAGCGUCCCGGACUUCCAUCAAAAAGAGGUGUUCACAACCAAGAACUUCAGGAGGCCUCAACAAAACAAAAACCAACAAACACAAAAUGAAAACAACAGAUCCUCAAAUGAUCCACUAAAAAACAUAAUGCUAACGCAGCUCGUGAGACAGAAUUCUGGUAUGUCCCUACAAAAAGAAGGCAAGGUUGACAUAAAAAAGCGGUAUCUUUUGGGAAAACUGAGUUCCGACACUGUCUCUAAACCCAAAAAUGUUCCCGCUGGCUGCACCAACAAGAUACCAAACUCAGCUUCUCAUCACUUCGAAGGGUUCGGAAGUAUGGCCAGCAGAUUGUCUGAGGAAGAGGGGUCAGACUCCAGUUUAAGUGAAUCCGUUAUAGUUCAAACGAUGAACCGGAAACAAAGCAAAAUUAAUGAGAGGGAAAGCGGCUUGGCCCUAAGGGAAGUCAAUCAUGGUGGCAAUGAAAGAGAUGGAUCAACUGGUGUGGAUGUAAACGAUCAGCGCUCACGCAGCUUGCAGGAACAUAUACGUAAACAUAGAACCUGCUCCCAUCAACAUACAGAAUGGCAGCAUGGUUGUUUCAAAGAAUCUCCGAAAAACGAAAGAGUUUGGAGUGAGAAUGAGCCCAAGGAAGGCGGCUUUAAAACACUUCCGCAAAAAUGUGCCGUUGCCAGCUGCAACAAACACGCAGUUAUCGAUAUCACAGAAGCCCUAGAGCAGAGCAAACAAAACGAUUGCAAAUCAAAAAUCGAUAGAAAGCCUAAAACUUGUUCCCAUAAAAAACCCGUCGAAAGCACCUCGAGUCACAAAACAUGCUUAUCAUGCACUGCACCUCUGACAAACCAAAACUCAAAAACUCAGCCUUGCAACAGUGCAAAGCGCUCGAUUCCCUCAGAUACCUUCCCUUUAACCGAUAACUUUCCAGGCCACUUAGAAGAUGUCCCGUAUUUCCGCUCUCCGAGUCAAGAGGAUUUCCAGCAGUAUAUCAGUCGGAUGCAACCCUGCAUCAGUGCAAAACAACCCAGCCACCACUUGUCAGCAAAAAAGUACCAUACCCUGCCUGCCAGGAGUGUUAGCCCCAACAAGUACGGCGUGCCAAAUUACUGGGAGACAGGAAACUGUGUGCAUACCCUGACUGAUUACACGAACUGUUCGUAUGCUAACCAGGAGACCUUUGUUUACCACUGCACUCAAGAAAAAGGAGCAAAUAAUUAUGAUUUUCAGCCGGACAAUGAUUUCGAGCCUUUACCAUUCAUGCAGUCGACAAGACCACUUGUUGACUCGAGCGGCCGACCUCUCUUAAUUCUUGACGGUGAUGGACGUCCAUUGAUGAACUAUGAUGGUCAGCCAAUCUUGCCGGAAAACGUCCAAGAAGAUUAUCAAAAAUUAAACGAACUGCUAUUAGAGCGGGAGAGAUCCAAUCAGACAAAUACAUUUUCUUGCUUUGGGUUUCAUUAAAAACUUUCUCUGAACAAAUAAGUUUGAUGAUGAUUUUGUAUAAAGGGGUGACCAUAAAAAAAAAUUAUCCGGUUCACUCUGUCAUCUUGAGAAAAAACUUUACUUGAGCAUGUUGCAAAAAUUCCUUAAAAAUAUUUUUUUUGGCGGAGAAACAGAUAAUCUUUCUGAAACUUCCCACGUCCACUAUCUUGAAUGGUGAAUAAAUUUUUCUGAAUAUUUUGGAGAAAAAAAUUCUGGAGUUGUUCAGCGAACUCAUACUAAAUUGAAAAAAUUAGGUGAUGUCAAAGUGUUCAAAUUGAUUUUAUUCUUUGCACAGGCUCAAGGCAUUUUCAGCUGACUUCUUCAAAAAGGCUUUGAUCCAAUGCAUCAAGACUGAUAAACCCCCCCCCCCCUUUUCUUUAAACAACAUGGUGCUGCCUUUAUCUCCAUUUACCACACAAAGUUUUGUUGGGGCAUUGUUGCUCGAAUGUACAAACAUUGUUUAGGUUCUAUGGUUUACUUUGUCUUGGUACUGUGACUUUUUUUAAUAUUUUAUUUUGAAGGGGUGCUAAUCCUUUAUUUCAUACUGAGUUAGUCUAGUUUUAAAUUAAUGCAAAUGCUCGUAUGGGUUGACAGUACUGUGCUUCUUUUAUCAUUGCAAGCGAUGUGAUAAAUAAAACCAACUAAGAAACCUUA